UAGAGCGUAUCUUGAGAACAAAAGGUCUCCCCGGAAGCGCGUGAGGUUUACUUCAUAGUAGUCAUUGAAUAGUAGGAGUAGAUGAAUAGUUGGAGUGCAAAGUCUGCAAACCAAAACACUCGCUACUGCAAAUUAUCCUCAAAUUGUAAGUGGUUGUCUCGUCUGCUGGAAUGGCUCCAUUACUGAGCUCGUCAUGCAGGGUGCUGCUUUUCCUGCCUUUUAUUGGAGCAUGUUUCACGAAACAAACAAGGGCAGAUGGAGUUAGGUCUGAACUCAACAUCUUUCAUCACUCAUGUGCCCUGAAGAAAGACGAAGGACCUUGCAAGGCAAUCAAGUACAGGUUCUACUUUGACAUUGACACAGGUCGCUGUGAGCUCUUUGAAUAUGGAGGUUGUCAAGGCAAUGAAAACAAUUUCAAGACCCUGCAGGAGUGUGAGGAAAUGUGUAUUGUGAAAGAGAAUAAGAGUCCAUGCCACCUGGAGGAUGAACCCGGGCCAUGUCGAGGGCUGGUGCCUCGCUAUUUCUUCGAUCACAAGAGCCAGGAAUGCAAACAAUUCUUUUAUGGUGGUUGCUUUGGGAAUGCCAACAACUUCAAUACCAAAAAAGAAUGCCAGACCCGAUGUAUACUUAAUUCGAACCACAUGGAGGUGAAUGCUCCAGCUAAACCAGAGAAAGUAGAAGCCAAACCUGCUGCAGAACACCUCGCUAAACAUAAUGACGUUCCUUUGAAUGCACAUUCACCACAGCAUAGAGUGACGCAACCAGCUUCCCAAGAUGCAGAGUUAACACCCUCUGAGGUCUGCAUGAGUCCAAUUGAUAGGGGUGAAUGUAAUGGCUCAGAGAAACGAUUCGCCUACAACUCCAGGAUUGGGAAAUGCCAGAUGUUUAAGUACAGUGGCUGUGGAGGAAACAUAAACAACUUUGCCCACAAGAGACAAUGCAAAAAUAUGUGCAUGAAAGAUCACCACCAUAGAAAGGAAAUACGAAUCAAGACGAGGAAAUCAAACAUCCUAUUUCGAACUGUCUAGGACAAACAACAUUGUGUACUUCGUGUAUCAUGGUAGAGAAAAUAAGAAACAGUAUCUACCUGUAUUUGACCCACAGAUUAUUGUCAUUCAUAAAUCAUUUAUGGAGUAAUAAUGGAUUUCAACUUGGACUUCAAAUAAAAAGAGAUGUUGCGUAUUUUAAGUGUACAACACAAGAUCAUUUUCAGCCUAUACUCUAUAUUGUUUUCUGGGGAAUAAAUAACUAAUUUACAUUACAUUUUUAUUAUUCACAAUGGGGCUAUUUAACACGGAAUAAUUAUGGUUGUUAUAAAUAUUUGAUGAGGGUUCUAAAUCCUUUUUCUAUUAUUUAUUUUUUUUAUUAUAAUUGUUUGUUUUGUGUAAAAUUGUUCUCAAUGUUUAAAUUACCAAUCAUUCGUCUUUUUAUUACACGUAUACACUCCAAAUACGUAAGAAUAUUUGUGACAGCAAUUUGCUAUAAAAUUGCACUGUGGCCCUAAACUCUUGUUGUUUUGUAAAAAAUCAAUAAAAAAUAAUGACUAGGGGAAAUGAUAACC